ACAAACAUUUCAUAUUGGCAGAAAGUCUUGAAAACAUAAAAGAAGCCAGUUGCUAAAAUAUUUUAAGACUGAAAACAAUGGAGUCGAUGGUGCACAUUAUUUCGGAAGCGUACCAUAAAACGCUCACGCGGGAGCUUUUCAUCAACGAAUGGGCUCAGGAACGCUUGAGUUUUGGAAAGCCCCUUUGGCAUUUUCUCAGCGUUCAGAUGGAGCCAAACAACAUGUUCAACAUCGUUAUUCCGCUAUGUGGCAUCUUCAGUCAGGAAAUCCUACUGCACCUCUUCUCGGCAUUUACCCUGAUCAGCACACUGAACUCCUUCGAAAAGUGGAUAUUUCCGGAGACGCGUCCUUUGUGGUUUCUGCGAGAGCAGUUUGCCAAUAAAGUGGUUGUAGAGAAGCCCGCGGUGGCCUUGGAAAGUCAUCAGCUGAGCUGCGAGAUGACCGGUGGACACCCCUGCGCCCACUCAAUGACCUUCACGGUGUUCGUGCUCAUCCUGAGCUCGUUCUUCUUCGUCCGCUACUGGUAUCGCUCCGUGGCCUGGCGCUCUCCUUUCUGCCGCUGCAUAAUGUACUUGCUGAUCAUUGGAAUGGUGGUCUGUAUGUGGCUGAGUCGCCUCUACCUGGCCACCGAGUUUCUGCACCAGUGCAUACUGGGCAGCUACUUGGGCAUCAGGGCUCUCAGCACCUUCGAGGGAAAUGUGAAGUACUUGUUCUCGCGACCACGUCGCUAUGCGGUCUCAGCUGUUUGCUUCUUGGGCGGAUUGGCAUUGUCGGUGUACUAUGUGAAGCUGGAACUCAAUAUCGAUCCCCAUUGGUCGGUGCGCGAGGCGUUUAAAUGGUGUCCGGAACCCACAUAUUUGCGUCAUGAAGUUGGUCCAAUCUUUGCACUUGUCAGAGAUCUGGGAAAUCUAAUGGGACUGGCUUUGGCCUCGCCACUAUAUAAGCUGGAAAUGAAACAAUCAUCAUUUUGGCGGCGAUGCCGAUUCCUAGGAGUCCUGGAGUUUGUCAACUAUGGAUUGCGCCUUUCCACGUUUAAGCAGUCUGGUCGCUUCGUUUUCUUGACCUAUGAGUUCUUAAGAAAUGCCAUUCAUUCCCUAGUACUGGUUAAGUACGUAUCGAAUUUUUACUAGUAUAGAGGCUUUUCUAAUU